AUGGCUGAUGCAGAGACCCGAGACCCUGAGUCCACGGUGACUAUACUUCUUCUGGGAGACCCCGAAUGUGGGAAGUCAACUUUCCUCUCACGCUUGAAGAAUGGUCCAAAUCCAACCAAAGGACAAAGUCCAAUAACCACACAAGCAGGGAAUACCAUAGAACCUCUACGGGACACAGACCAGCCUUUUCUUUACGACAUCCGGUUCUCCAAGAAAUCAUUUACCCUAGAAUUAUACGACACCGCAUGUCCCAACCAGCACUGGAGCACUCUGCACCCUAAUGUGGUCCUUCUAGCAUUUGACAUUUCCAACCGAGAAACCCUAGCUGGACUUAAAAAGUGGCGACAAGAUAUCAUCCGAUACUUUCAGCAUGGAAUCGGAGAACGCAUCCCCGUCAUGAUGAUAGGUUUGAAAAGAGACCUGAGACGUGACGACGAAACCCUGAUCUAUCCGCAAGAGUCGUACCGCAUUGCCCAGGAACUCCGGUGCGAUCGCUACGCGGAAUGUUCUGCUGUUACAGGCGAGCUUUUGGCAGAGACGUUUGAGGACGUGGUAAGGUUGGCAGGAAUGACGACUACGGAAAAAGGGGGGCAGACUGAGGGAGGCUGUAUUGUUAUGUGA